GUACCAUCUGUGCGCACGCUUGUGUUUAUGUGUUUGUGUAUGUACACAGAAAUAUGCUUUCUAACUGUCAGUAAUUUUGACGUUUGAAUUGCAGCGUGAUUUUUAUUCGCCCAAGGGAUCGUCGAGUGAUAAUUCGGUUGCAUUCGGUUGCUAUACUCUUGAGUGCCCAACAAAAAGUGCCCGUUUUAAUGCAGGUAGAUUAUUGAAUAUGCCAAUAUUAUCGGGAAAGUGCAAUGAUCUUGGCGAUUUUUAAUUGUGACGUGAAUGAACGAAGCGUGCGUGCUUGUGUAAUAGCGAAUCAAAAAAGUGAUAAAUAACGUGAAAUAUGUGUGGAGUGUUUUUUAAAUACACUGUAAUGUAAAAUGAAGAUAAUCAUUUUAUCCGUGCCCCGUUUUAAUGUCCAGUGCGAGCAAGACGUAUGAUCACCCUCUUGUGCUUCAUUAUAGACAGCAGCAGCAGCAGCAGCUAAGAUUGAAGCAGCCAAAAUAAAGAAAAAAAUAACUCCUAAGAGUCGAUGAAAAAAGUGGACUUGUCAUACGCAUAUGCUAUGUAGUUAUCAUUAUAGUCUGCGUCAAAUUUGUUCGCCUUUUUUCGCGUACAUGCACCUUUCCUCUCUGUAAUCAUCGACUCAAUUAAUAAAAAAGGGAGAAUGAAAAAAAACCAUCUAACUGGUAGGCGUAUGACGUGAAAAAAGCGCAGCAGGAGCAUCCACCCUUGGAGUGCAUGCGCGAAUGGUGAAAAAUGCUAGGUGCAGAGCAGACGGCGGCACUCGUGGUGACGGCUGAACCGGAACCACCGAAACGUCGUUCGACCUUUUACGUUUCCCUCGACACUGAUUCGCCCCGUGGCAGUAUGAUGUCGAAAUUCCACAAAUCCAUAUCCUGCGACUCGGACAAAUAUCUGGCCGGUGGCUUUCCGUUGUCGCAGUCCAAGACGGCCCCGAACGUGACGCUGUUGGCGAAGCUCCACAACGACGCAGGCUGCUCGAAAAAUCAAAACGAUGCCUCGAACGUGAGUAAAGUACAGUCGCUGACACGCAUGUUCGAGAUGACACCGAAGACGAGCAAGGCAGCAACUGAAUCGGCAGCAGCGAGCACGAGUGUACUCGUCGUCAACAACAACAAUCUUAAGGCACCCGAAGUCGUCGAGCAGAAGAAAAAAGUUGAACGUACCAGAUCGUUUAAGACGAUCGAGCGAUUUCAGAAUCGAUUCACGGGCAAAAAAGACAGCAACGCGAUCAGUCGUAAAGAGUCUAACGCUCGACAGAGCAAGAGCGAAGCGGAGAAAAAUAAAGAGAGCGAGAGCGCGUCUGGUAAGAGGAGGAGCAAGUACGAGGAUCAGGCUCCGCUCGUGAUGAUCGAGAGACGCAACAACGGCGCAACAGCCACCUCGUCUCAGGCUAAACUACUCAACAACAAAGUGAGAACGCGCGAGCACGCAAAAUCUGUGAUGGUCGAUAACCAGAGGCAGAAACAAAAACAGCAGCAGCAGCAGCAACAACAGCGCCAGCAUCUGGUGACAACGCCGAGCUUCGCUAAUUUAAUCAGAAGAACGCACAGCACGAAAUUAGCUCGCAGCACCAGUGCAUCGCUCGUGCGUAGCGGUAGACACGCUUCCAUAGACAAUUGUAGCGUGAUCGUGCUCGGCGCGAAAGAGGAGGAGGUCGAUUCCGGCCACGACGAGAUCGAGAUGGAAAAGAAGCGAAACGGCGAGACCGACACGGACGCUGGUGCCCAUUCAGAUACUUCAUACGAAAAAGCAUGCAGACGAGGAAGUGCUCCAGCCACCCCCGUGCUUGGAGCGCGGCCACUCGACGUUACCCCCAAUCGCAUUGUCAACUUCUUUUCAAAACGUUCGUUCCGCUCGAAUCCGUUGAAGCGAACGAAGAGCGUAACAAAACUCGAGCGUCAGAAGCAGCGAGGUGGUGCAGGUGGCCAAGCCGCCGGCCUUCGCGGUUGUCGCUCGCACGAGUCUCUGCUCUGCGGACAAGCAGUCACCUCGAUGGAUCUUGCCCAGAUCACACCUUUGCACCCGAGCCUCUUGGAUAGGCCACAUUGCUUCCAGGUGACGCCGACCAAUGGAGGCCCCAAGUACUUUGCCUGCAGGAGCGCCCACGAGAGAGAGCAGUGGCUGCACAGCCUGCGUAAAUCGGUGCAACCGGAGGCAGAGCAGACGCGCCGCACCGACAACUCGUUGCAGAUCUGGCUGCUGGAGGCUAAAGGCGUCCCGACCAAGAAACGCUACUUCUGCGAAGUUUGCUUAGACUCGACUUUGUAUGCCCGCACGACGUCAAAGCUCAAGGCCGAAUUAUGCUUCUGGGGUGAAAGAUUCGAUUUUAAUCAUUUGCCAGCGGUCAAUUCGAUCCUAGUGAAUUUGUAUCGCGAGGCUGAUCGCAAGAAGAAACGAGAUAAGAAUGUUUUAGUAGGCUCGGUGAACAUACCAGUGCACAACGUCACGUCGCGUUAUCUCACAGAAAAGUGGUAUCCAGUUAUAGGAGAGAAAGGACCAUUGAAAGAUCCACCAGCACUGAGGGUAAAAUGUCGAUUCCAAUCAGUCGACAUACUGCCAGUGCAAGUUUAUCAGGAAUUUCUUGAGUACUUGAAAACCGAUUACAAGGCACUGUGCGAAAAACUAGAGCCCGUGAUCGGUGUAAAGGCCAAGGAGGACAUUGCCACUGCUUUGGUUUCGGUCAUGCAGAGGGAAAAGAGAGCUCCCCAAUUCUUGGCCGACCUAGUCAUGAUGGACAUUCAUAGAAUAGACGACGAACGACUAACAUUCCGAGGCAACAGUUUAGCGACUAAAGCCAUGGAGGCAUACUUGAAACUGACGGGCGAUCGAUACCUUCAAGAGACCCUCGGUCCAGUGGUGCGAGGUGCUGUGGAGGGUGGCGAUUGCGAGGUCGACCCACUUAAAGUAUCCUCGGUCGCUUCGCUGCACAAACAACAACAGAAUCUCAAAGCCGCUGUGGAACUGGCAUGGAGCCGUAUACUUGCUAGUCACACGAAUUUUCCGAUCGAAUUGAGAGAAUGUUUCAGAAUUUUCCGCGAACGUCUCGCUGAAAUGAAUAGGGAGGACAUGGCUGACAAUCUUAUCUCCGCGUCAAUUUUCUUGCGAUUUUUGUGUCCAGCUAUACUCAGCCCGUCUCUUUUUAACAUAACGCACGAAUAUCCAAAUGAGAAAGCCGCGCGGAAUUUGACGUUGGUAGCAAAGACACUUCAGACGCUGGCUAAUUUCACAAGGUUUCAGGGCAAAGAAAACUUUAUGGAAUUCAUGAACGACGUGUUGGAACGCGAAGCGCCGUCCAUGAAAACCUUCUUACAAUUGAUAAGCAGUCCUCAGUCAAAGGAAGUACCGACAUCCUCGAUGGAAUUUGAUGGCUUUAUUGAUCUGGGCAAGCAGUUGAGCCUGCUCCAUUCAUUAUUGCGGGAAAGCGUAGCAACGAUCUCGUCGACAUCACCGACUGCACCACCUUCUCGCCUUCCGGAAAUUCUCGAUCGAAUUUCUCACACCUUGGAUCAACCAGGACCAAGUCCUGUUUCGACGACCCUACGCUACCCAAACCUGCAGAACAAUAUUUUUCGUUACAAUGAUCCAACAAUAGCUGACAGUAACACAAACCUGUCGAUAUCAGCAACCUCGACCAUAAGCAGCAAUCAUAGUACUCUUAACGGGACAAAUUUAACCGAUAGUACCGAAAUACUGCAGAGCAACACACUAGGACACCAUCACAGCAGCAAUAAUAACAAUAUCAACAACAACACUAAUCGCGGCAGUCCGAACGUAGUGCGAGCAGCGACUUUGCCGAGAAAUACUUACUUGCCGAACAACGGCAAACUGCAGCUGCAAAUCAAUGCCGAGGACUAUCCUCUAGAGCCACCGGCAUUUGUCUCGAGAUCGCCGACGCCGAUAAAUAGACAGCAACACCUUGUCCACCAGCGAUCCGCUUUCUUGAAUAAUCGUAGUGGACCCGGCUAUCGGCUGACUGCCAGUGCCAGUUUAGCCAAUGUCAAUCACUGCCAGACUUCGACGCAUCCAAUGAGUCCCACUAGAUCGGGAAGUCACAGUAAUCUUAAAGACUCUAACUACAACAUAAAUGGUGGCAAUAACGUCAUGAGUUCUGCUCAGCAUCGCUAUAACAUAGCCAAAUUGCAAAACCUUGAUAUUCACGAGGACACUUUCAAUCACAACAGUUACAACGUGGCUAGAUCUGCCAGUAGAAAUCAGUGUCACAAAGAAGAAAACGCGAAUAAUCAACAACAGCAAAAUUACAACAACGUCACCAAGACUAGCAAAAACUCAAAUCACGCUAACAACCUCCACAAUCAUCAACAACAACAGCAUAAUCAUCAUCAUCAUCAUCACCAGCAGCAGCAGCAGCAGCAACAACAACAACAACAACAACAACAGCCAAACAAUAAUUAUCACAAAACCACAAAUAGUACUCAGCAACUGACCAACGGCAAUCUUGAUGAAUUAUCUGAUCUGCUGAGGUACGCUGACGAUGAAGUUUCUGAAUCCAAGUCCCAGAAGGGCUCGCAGAUCUCUAUUUCACAAUUAAGUAAUGUGGCAUCGUCAGGCUAUCAAAGCUUUGCUGCCUACAGUCAGAGUUCGAGCCCUGUGGAGCUGAGCACAGGCAACACUAAUGUCAACAACCACAACAUCGGCAAUGCACCUCUGGCUUUCGCCAAUCCGGUCUAUCAUAUGGAAGCUAGCAUGGCAAGAAAUGGCAGACGAGGCAGUACGAGUAGCGACGAGCGAGAUGGUUGCAACGGUGGAGGUGUCGAGAAUGUCAGGGGUGUGGAUUUGAGCCCGUCACCUCCGCUCGCCCACAAUGCAAGAAAUCUGCAGAGAAACAGCGCUGGACUGCAGUGGCGACAAAAUAAUUCCAUUUCGAGGAUUACCAAUAAUGAGCAAAGCCAGAACAAUGGAUGUUGCACGCAAAAAUUGAGGAGAAGAUUGUCGCUAGAUUCGACUAGAGAUCUAUCGGAUACAAGCGAAGAAGAGAGCUGCGCUACCAGAAGGAGUAAGUCGAGGAGCCACAGAAGUAUCGAUCAGUACGAAGUGGAGAUCGAGCGAUUGCAGAGCAGUGUGGAUCGAUUGCGUGCUAGGCUUGGCGCCGUCGAGAAUGGCGACCUCGAAGGUAUUGGCCCAGACUCUAAGAUGAAGAACAUAAUCUCCAGGUUGAUAUCCGUGGAGGGAGAACUGCGCCGCGAGCAACAGAAGAUGUCAGCGGCGUUGUCGUACAAGCAGCGCGUGAUCGAUGCGCAAGAACAGCAGAUCGCAGCCCUCGACGCGGCGAAUUCCCGUCUUAUGUCGUCGAAUACAAGACUCUUGUCCGCAUUAAGUACGCUUAGAGAACGGUAUCAAGGAAACAACAAUAAUAAGUCCAGCAGUAGUGGCUCUAGUAAUGUUUCUCCCACUAUUAACAGCAACUCAGCCGAGAUGCAUCAAGUAGCGGGAGCUGCUCUGCUGCAAGAAAUAGCCGAUCUUGCGGAAUUGAAAAGUUCAACCUGUUGAAUAGAGCUUCUUUAACGAUAGCUUUUAUAGUUAUCAAUCCAAAGUAUGAUUUUCCGGUUUAAUUAGAAACUACGAUGUCCAUUUGUUGGAUGAAAUUGUAAAUAUUUUGUGAAUGAUUACAAGUGCGAGUGUAACUUUCCUACAAAAACCUAAAAUAUCGACAAUUAAUUUUGUCUAUGAAAGCCAGAACAGAUACUUCGAUAUUUUUACUUCGACUAUAUUUGUAAAUAUGCAAUGUAUAAAUAUUUCCUAAUAAUAAGUAAUGACAAAAGUAUCCAAAGCCAAUAUCCUUUGAAUUUUCACAGUGACACUUAUCACGAGAAAAAUAAAGGUUUUAUUGAGAUAGAAAGGAAUAAAAACAGAUAACAGUAUUAUCGUGUUUACUUAAUAUUAACUUGUAUUUAUUACAACAACAACAAAAAACGAAAGGGUAAACGUUUUAAUACAAUUUUUUCAUACAUAAUUUUGUAUGACAAUAUCGAGAAAAGAUGAUGAGCUAUUUUAUCUACCAAAUAGAUGCAUGUGCAUUUUUUAUAUUUACAAAUAUAAGGGUCUCGAAGUAUUGAAGUUUGUUGUUGCUUUGCAAAACUGUAAGAAUGAAUGCUUAUAGCGUAAUUGUAUGAAUAAGUAAUAUUACGUUUGGAAUUGAGAGGGGCUCCCGUAUCUAUAAACAUUUCAUUACAUAUUAUGAUAUAUAUUCAUAGAUAAUUGCUUUAAACAAGACAUUUUGAGAUAUCACAUAACAAAUUUUUACCAGAUUGAAUGUUUUUAGAUAUUAACGAUUAAAUUAUAUUUACUGAAGCAAAAUCAGUAGUACAGAAAUAUUAAUAACCAAAAUUUUGUUCUGAUGUAUUAUAUAUGUAUAAUUCAAAUUACCUAGUUGAAGCAAUUCAUUGGAUAUCGAUAAAUCCUCAUUUGCUUGAACAACGUGUACGAAAAUUUUUUGUAUUAUAUUUAAAUGAAAAAAGUAUUUACAAUGUCCUUUCAUUGUUUGUAGGCACAUGCUGAAGAACACGCAAAAAAGCGAAAGAUUUGCUCAGAAAGAAGCGCAAAUAUUUAUUGAAAAAAAAAAGAAAUAAUGAUAAGUAAAGAAAAGACUAUUUAAACGAUGCGAUUUAUCUAUGAGUUGAAUGUACAAUUGUUUUUGAGUUGAACCACUGUUUUGUACAAUAAUUUUUACCAUGUGUAUUUAUAGUAAUGUAAGUUCUAAUUUUAUCGGUGCACGUGGUUGACGAAAUUAAUAGCAGAUAUAAAGACAGUUGUAAAUUGUCAAUUUUAAAUGUUGAAUAUGAGAAUUUUUACUUCUCUUUCUUUGAUUGCAUCUAUUUGUACAUUAUACUCGAAUUUAUUCGUGUGCAAUUUUUUAAAAUCUUACCGAAAGUAGCGUUGAUUCUUACUCGUGCUAUAACAAGUAUGAGCUAAAAAAAUACUUUACUUAUAAGAGUCAUUUUAACUGCUUCGUAUUUUAAAUAAAAAAUUUUACGAGACGAUUAGAAAUGAUAUUUAACGAGUAGUUCUUACCAAAGAUAUUUAUCAGCACCGACGGAGAGUGUGUAUUAUUAAUAUUUAUAAUAAAUGAAUUCUUAUUUGAAUUUAUGUAAAAUAUUAUUGAAACUCUUUUCUUGUAUG